GACAAAGUGAAUAAAAGUAAUAUUGAAAUUUGAUUUAAUGAAAGACGAAAUGGCAUGGGAAGGAUUUGGAUGGAAAACAAGAGUUUCUGGAAUCAAAUCAGAUGAAGAUGACGAUUUGUUCUAUUCAGAAGUUGAUCCCGGUGAAGAAUUAACAGAACAAGACAGAGAAAACUUAUUAAAAUUUAUCGAAAAAGAUAUAAUCGGACGUGAUGCAAUUUUUGAUGGACCUUUUGGACUUCGAAAAGUUCUUUAUUGCGACUACGUCGCCUCUGGCAAAGCUUUACACUCAAUUGAAAAUUUCAUGAUGAAGCAAGUUUUACCAAUGUACGCAAAUACUCAUACCACUACAACAGUGACGUCAUCGCAAACAACUUCAUUCAGAAAAGAAGCCAAGGAAAUUAUCCGCGACGCCCUUGGGGCAGACGACGAUGACGUUGUGAUAUUUACUGGAAGUGGCGUAACCGGUGCUGUACAUAAACUCAUUUCUGUUUUAAAUUUACCUAAACCUCCGGUUGUUUUCUGUGGCCCAUUUGAACACCAUUCUAACUUGUUGCCAUGGCGAGAAAUGAAUAGUCACGUUGUCAACAUAAGCGAAUCAGCUGACGGUAGAAUAAACCUGAGACAUCUUGAAAUUGCUUUACGAGCCUGGGCAAACUCCGGAAGACCGCUGAUAGGAAGUUUUAGUGCCGCCUCGAAUGUCACUGGUAUUACAACGGACACUCGGAAGGUUGCUGCAUUACUUCACAAAUAUGGCGCGAUAUCACUGUGGGAUUAUGCGACGGCAGGACCUUAUAUGGACAUUCAAAUGCACCCAGAGCCAAUUGGAAAAUAUAACACUUCGAAAGAUGCUGUGUUUAUAUCCAUGCAUAAAUUUGUUGGGAGUCCAGAUGCUCCAGGUUUACUUAUCGCAUCAAAGCAUCUAUUCCGAAACGCCGUCCCUUCAGGAUGCGGUGGUGGAACUGUUUUGUUUGUAUCCGAAAACGAUCAUCGCUAUUUAAAAGACAUUGAAUCACGAGAAGAAGGUGGUACACCUGCAAUCAUAGGCUCUAUUAGAGCGGGAUUGGCAUUUAAACUUAAAAUGGCGGUUGGAUGCGACGUUAUUAUGAAGCGUGAAACUGAACUUUAUGCAAGAGCAAUGGAAGUGUGGAAAGAUAUACCAGAACUGGAGAUUCUUGGAAUCUUGGACGAAAAACCAUCAACACAUAUUCAACAUGAACAUAGACUUGCAGUUUUUUCUUUUCUAAUAAAAAACGCUAAUAGUGGAUACUAUCUACAUCACAAUUUUGUUGCCGCUUUACUGAAUGAUUUGUUUGGAAUACAGUCAAGAGGAGGUUGUGCUUGUGCUGGAGUAUAUGCCCAACAUCUAUUAGGAAUUGAUCGCGUAGCCGAGAAGAAAUUCGGAGGAAUUUUAAUUGAAGAUCCGAAAAGAUCAAAAACGCGUACGCGGCACGACACUGAGAGGACAGAAUAUGAAGUAUUAAGGCCUGGAUUUACCCGUCUGAAUCUCACCUAUUUUCUGUCCGACGAAGAUGCUGAUUAUAUCAUAAGUGCUGUAUCAAUGAUAGCAAAGCACGGCUGGACAUUGUUACCUCAAUAUCAGUAUGGUGCACGUUCUGGGGAGUGGAAACAUACCGAGUACAUCGAUGAACUUUCGUGCAAAAAGCUUGAAGAUCUUUCCUUUCGUCCCAAUGGCUUACACUUCUCUCAAGACCGACAGUCACUUACAAUAAAAAAAGGAUUACCAACUUCUCGAAUCGACUGCUUGAAAAGAGCCGAAAGAAUAUUUUUUAAUGCCAAACAGAUUGUCGGUAAGAACGUGGAAGACCAAAGACCAAAAUACGAAAAUUCUAGUGUUCGAGAUAUGAGAUGGUUUAUGCUCCCUUAUGAAGCACAAUGCAUAUUGAAGGGCAAAAAAAUUGAUAAAAAAUCAAAACUCAUCUUUCAUACGAGAAGAAAAAUCACGCAACUAACAGAAGAAGAAAUUGAGAAAAAUGUAUCAAAUAAUGUUCCUCUUCGUCAGCGUAAUGGAAUAAUUAAUCCAAACCUAAUUUCUAAUAGCAAUGAAAUUAUAGGCCAGACAGAAAACACUUUGAAACAUGACGAAAAUGCUAAACCAAGAUAUAGCAUAAAAGGUAUAGGGUUGAAUAAUAAUGUUACAAAGUCCGAAAAAAAGAAAAAGGCAUUUGAAAAGUUUUGGAGCGCAUUGACGUGCAAAACUAAAACAUCUGUUGAUAUCAUACAAUAAUGAAUCCUUUUUAUUCUCGGUGAAUCUCCCAAAAGUCAUAAAUUAGGAAAUAAGUAAAAUAAUUUUUAAUCUAACUUUUUGAUUUGAUUUUUAAUUAAAUUGAAGCAACCUUCUAGGAUGUUUCAUUGAACAAAUCACAUUGGAAACUUCAUUAAUUUUUCAAAUUUAUUUUAAUCAGAUGAACAAUAUUAUUUCAAUUUAAUAACUUUCAUUUUUCAACAAUUUUUAGUGAUUUUUGUGUAUAAUAAUGUUCCUGUUACCUAAUAUGCAAUAUGCGUUUUUCAUUUAUUUUUAUUUUUUUAAUUUGCAUUUUUGUUAAAAUAAACUAACUACUAAAAUAAACGUAAGUAA